GGAUACGGACUUUAACGACCAACUCAGACCUGUCUAGGACCACGCAUGCGCACUGGAAGGACUCCGCCCUCUACCUGAGGGAACGCACCUGGACCCGCGAGACGGAAGUGUGGCAGCGCGAGGAGGGGUCGCCCGCAGCGGUCUUUACUUUAGAGAAAAACAAGCAAAGAAACAAACAAACAAACAAGAAGUUUAGAAGUUGAAGCAGAAGGUUGGACUUUUCAGAACUGCCGACCGCUGAUGUUCUCCUCGUCCGAUGGGCGUCAUCGUUCUCAGAAGAACUCAACUCUGAUUCAAACUCAAAGGGUUUGAUUCGGGCUCCGUCUGGCCCUGUCUCCCUGAUGCCUGUCUGUCUGUCCCCAGGCCCUGUCUCCCUGAUGCCUGUCUGUCUGUCCCCAGGCCCUGUCUCCCUGAUGCCUGGGCUCCGCAGGGUGCUGCGGCGGUGGCUCCGCCCUGUGAAGGUGGUGCUGUUGGCGCUGGUGUUUGUGACGGUGCUGUUCCUGAUGCAGUGGGAGGUGGGGCGCCCGGCCCAGGACCCGGGCGCCCCACCUCCCCCCACCUCGGCGGGGGGGCGGGGCUCUGUGCUGGGCCGGGUCCUGGGCGCCGUCCACCAGCUGCUCCCCGACCUGCAGAUCCGGGCCCCCGAGCGCCGGCGGGGCCCAGGGGGGAGGGGCUGUCCCCCGGGCCGCUACGGCGCCGCCGAGCUGCGCCCCGCCCUGGAGCGGCCCCCCCAGGACCCGCGGGCCCCGGGGGCCUCGGGGGGGGCCUUCCUCACAGACUCCCUGACCCCCGCGCAGCAGCAGGAGAAGCAGCGCGGCGAGGAGAAGCACUGCUUCAACCUGUACGCCAGCGACCGCAUCUCCCUGAGCCGCGGCCUGGGGCCCGACACCAGACCCCCAGAGUGCCUGGAGCAGACGUUCGCCCGCUGCCCGCCGCUGCCGACCACCAGCGUCAUCAUCGUGUUCCACAACGAGGCCUGGAGCACGCUGAUGAGGACGGUGUUCAGCGUGCUGCACACGGCCCCCGCCCGGCUGCUCAAGGAGGUCAUCCUGGUGGACGACGCUAGCGUGGACGAGGCGCUGCAGGGCGGCCUGGACGCGUUCCUCAAGCCGCUGGGCCAGGUCCGCGUGGUGCGCCAGCGAGAGCGGAAAGGUCUGAUCACAGCGCGCCUGCUGGGGGCCUCGGUGGCCACUGGGGACACCCUCACCUUCCUGGAUGCUCACUGCGAGUGCUUCAGCGGCUGGCUGGAGCCGCUGCUGGCCAGGAUAGCGGAGAACUACACAGCAGUGGUGAGCCCUGACAUCACCACCAUCGACCUCAACACCUUCGAGUUCAUGAAGCCAUCGCCCUACGGCCAGAACCACAACCGGGGGAACUUCGACUGGGGCUUGUCCUUCGGCUGGGAGAGCCUACCGGAGCACGAGAAGCAGAGGAGGAAAGAUGAGACCUACCCCAUCAGGACCCCUACGUUUGCUGGAGGCCUCUUUUCAAUCUCUAAAGAAUAUUUCUACCACAUCGGCAGCUACGACGAGGAGAUGGAGAUCUGGGGCGGCGAGAACAUCGAGAUGUCCUUUAGGGUGUGGCAGUGUGGUGGGCAGCUGGAGAUCCUGCCCUGCUCGGUCGUUGGUCACGUGUUCCGCAACAAGAGCCCCCACUCCUUCCCAAAGGGCACCCAGGUGAUCGCCCGCAACCAGGUGAGGCUGGCCGAGGUCUGGAUGGACGAGUACAAGGAGAUCUUCUACCGCCGCAACCAGCAGGCGGGACAGCUGGCCAUACAGGGGGCCUUCGGAGAUGUCUCGCGGCGGGUGCAGCUCCGUCAGCGGCUCCAGUGUAAGACCUUCACGUGGUUCCUGAACACCGUCUACCCGGAGGUCUUCAUGCCAGACCUUCAUCCUCCACAGUUUGGCUCGGUCAGGAGCGAGGGGAAGGAGGCGUGCCUGGACGCAGGCGAGGACAACGAGGGUGGGAAGCAGCUCAUCAUGUACCCCUGCCACGGGCUGGGAGGAAACCAGUAUUUUGAGUACUCCUCACACCAAGAGAUUCGCCACAACAUUCAGAAGGAGCUGUGUUUGCACGGGAAAGAUGGACUGGUGAAACUGGAGGAUUGCCAAUACAAAGGCAAGCACACGUUGGUGGGCGCAGAGCAGGAGUGGGAGCUGAAAGAUAACCACCUGUUCUACCUCCGAGGGGCCGACAUGUGCCUCAGUGCUGGGAGCGGCCAGCCGGCGCUGGCGGGCUGCGACGCCUCGGACCGCUCACAGCUCUGGACCUUCAUAUGAGCUCUGGACCUUCAGCUCUGGACCUUCAUAUGAGAGCUCUGGGCCUUCAUAUGAGCUCUGGACCUUCAGCUCUGGACCUUCAUAUGAGAGCUCUGGGCCUUCAUAUGAGCUCUGGACCUUCAGCUCUGGACCUUCAUAUGAGAGCUCUGGGC